AUCCAUUCUAAUUUGCUUAGGUCUGCUUUCGCAGGACGUCUUGGAAGUUGCAACAUUUUGACGUUCUAGCGUCAGAGUGUCCGCCAUAGCCAAGCUGUGAGGAGUAUGGCCGCUCUGCGGGCCAGCCUCGGGUUGACGGGGGCAUCCUCAAGGGGGCAACCGCAGAGGCCAUCCGGGGUGGUGAGGGAGCAGGUCUCGGUUUCUAACGGGCUGACAAGCGUUGCGCCGGUGUCGUUAGCGGUGAAGCCUGUUUCCCCGGCAUGGACUGGGAAUGGGAGCUUGUUGGCCAUGUUGGAGCCGGUUUUGGAAGGGAGGAGGCGGGGUAAGGAGGCGGGGGAUGGGAGCGAGAUGGAGGGCAGAGAUUCUGGAGGAGAGAGUGGAAGUGGGAGGGAUAAGGCGGAUGUGGUGAAUGUGUCCAGAUGGCAGCGGGAGGAUUGGAGUAGUAAUGGUGUCGGUGGUGGUGGUGUAGGAAACGGGCGGCGGCGUCUAGGGAAGAUGCAUUCAAGACGGAAGCAGCCGUGGGAUAGCGGGCUUACUGAGAGUGGAGAGGAGCUUUUGAGGAAGAUCGUUGUUUUGCCUAAUGAUGAAUGUGUGAGCAGUGUUUUGACUACUUCGGAGCCCAAUCUCUCUUCGAGUGAGCUUCUGUCGAUAAUGAAGGGGUUGGGAAGGGAGGGGCAAUGGAAUAAGGCACUGGAGGUUUUUAAUUGGAUGAGGCAAAGCGUGAAUUUUAGACCGGAUGGUGUAACGAUUGCUGUCAUGUUGAGAAUUCUCGGGCGUGAAUCACAGCUUACAACUGUCUCUCGACUUUUUAAAAGCCUUAGGGAAGAAGGGUAUCCUUUAGAUGUUUAUGCGUAUACUUCUCUUAUCUCUGCAUUAUCGCGGAACCGUAAAUUUAAGGAAGCCUUAGGGUUUUUCGAGCAGAUGAAAGAAGCUGGACCGCAGCCUAGCCUUGUGACUUAUAACGUGAUCAUAGAUUUGUAUGGGAAGAAGGGUCGAUCGUGGGAAAAUAUUCUCGAGCUUUUUGAAGAGAUGAAGGCUCAGGGAAUUCAACCAGACGAAUACACAUACAACACCGCCAUUACUGCGUGCGCAAGUGGAUCUUUAUGUGAAGAAGCUACGGAGCUGUUUACUCAGAUGAAGUCAUCAAAUUGUACACCUGAUAGGGUAACUUAUAACGCGUUACUAGACGUGUAUGGUAAGGCAGGAUGGUACAAUGAAGCUGCAAACGUUCUGAAGGAGAUGGAAAGUGCAGGCUGCCUCCCUAAUAUUGUAACAUACAACGAACUUCUCUCUGCAUUUGGAAGAGCUGGACUUUGUAAUGCAGCGGCAGAGAUGAAAGACUCAAUGGUUAGUAAAGGUAUUGAACCAGACGUCUUUACUUAUACUAGUUUGCUUUCAGCUUACAGCAGGGCAGGAAAAGUCGAGCAAGCAAUGGAGAUUUACAAUCAGAUGAGAACAAGUAACUGCACUCCAAAUUCUUUCACAUUCAACGCUCUAAUCGGCAUGCAUGGCAAGAACAAGAACUUCAGCGAGAUGAUGGUGAUAUUUGAGGAUAUGCAGGCAUGUGGGGUUGAACCCGAUAUUGUAACUUGGAAUUCAUUAUUGGGAGCAUUUGGCAAAAACGGAAUGUAUUCUGAAGUUUUGAAGGUUUUUCGGGGUAUGAAGAAGGCAGGAUUUGAGCCAGAUAAGGCUACUUUUAACAUUCUUAUUGAGGCUUAUGGAAGAUGUGGAUCUUCAGACCAGGCAUUGAGCAUAUACGAUGGUAUGCUGCAGGCUGGCUGCACGCCAGACCUGGCCACCUUCAAUACUUUAUUAGCUGCGCUUGCCAGAGAAGGUCGGUGGGAGCAUGCGGAGUUGAUAUUGGAUGAGCUUAAUAGAAGCAGUUACAAGCCAAAUGACAUUGCAUAUGCCUCAAUGCUACAUGCUUAUGCGAAUGGUGGAGAAUUAGAAAAACUGAAGGAGAUGGUUGACACCUUGCAUACCAUAUAUGUGCCGUUUACUAAGAUUUUGCUCAAGACUUUUGUCCUCGUCUACAGUAAAUGCAGUCUGGUUGAUGAAGCUGAGGAUGCCUUUUUGGCAAUGCGUCACCAUGGGUACUUGUCAGAUACCAGCACAUUCAAUGCAAUGAUUUCGAUGUAUGGAAAGAAAGGAAUGAUGGACAAGGCCACUGAUACCUUCGCUUUGUUGCGGAGUACUGGUCUGGAACCAGACGUCGUAACUUACAACUGCCUGAUGGGUAUGUAUGGGCGGGAAGGCAUGUAUCGGAAAUGCGAGGCUACUUUGAGAGAGUGUAUGGCUGCAGGGCAAACACCGGACCUUGUUUCCUAUAACACUGUUAUAUUCUCUUACAGUAAACAUGGUCAGCUUAGCUCUGCAACUCGGAUCUUCCAUGAGAUGGUCAGCAAUGGUAUACAGCCAGACUCGUUCACCUAUAAUACCUUUGUGGGGUGUUAUGUAAAUGGAGGAAUGUUCCCGGAGGCUUUAAGUGUUGUUAAGCACAUGCAUAAGACUGGGUGCAAACCAGAUGAAGUGACAUAUCGUACUUUAGUAGAUGCUUACUGCAAAAUAGGUAAAUUUGAAGAGGUAGAACGAAUUCUUAAAUUUAUCAAAAGUUCGGACCCCAAUUUCAGUAAGGCUGCUUACCGAAGAAUAGCUGCACGGGUGGAUGAUUAUGACCUGCGGUCUUAGCAGGUGAUUCCUUCAUAAGUUAUAGCUACACUUCCUGUCAAGUAGAAUAUAGUAAGUUUUCAUCACAAGCUAAGCACCCUGGACUCUUCAUCCCUGGAAUGGGUUCUUAAUUGUCAAAUAUUAGGAAAUUAUAACUGUGGUGAUUCUUGGUUGAAUGUACUUCAUCUGGUAACGCAAGAGAAUAUUUUGUGCCCGGUCAUCUA